AUCGGAUUUCCGGUUAGAUGGCGUAUUGAGCAGUAAGUCAAAGCAGAAGCUGCAGCAACUAUGUCCCAGAUUUGAAUCAGCAUUUGACUAGAAGCACUCCAAACUUUCAAAAUGGAAGAAUAGAAAAAGAAACAAUGACAAAUGGCGCAAUUUAGGGAACCAGCUGAACAGAGUUGCUGCAUGAUGGCUAGUUUCAACCAAGGGGGUCCACUUCAAUUCUGGAGAAGAUAAGGAUUGCUAGAAAAAAAAUCAACGAGAUGGAAAUUACAAUGAGCGCCUCGGUAAAGAAAAUAAGGAGCUGAAGGAAAGAAUCAGGGAGCAGGAAAUAUAUAAGAUGCGAUGGUGUCUGAAACUUUAAGUUCUGACUGAAAAAAAGUGAUUUAAACAUCAGAGCAGGCCUCAUGAAACUUUUUAACAAGUUCGCCCCCGACUUGGAAAUGCGCCAGCUAGAAGAAGCCAUAGAUAUUGAACACAGAGUCAGCCCGAAAGGAUGACAACAGGAACAGGACCUGCACCUAGUCGUAUUAUUUGCCCGGAGAUUUGUCAAGGAGGGAAUAUGGCGGCACAGCAAGGAUUCACCUGUGUGCAAGCACAGAAGCAUAGGCUUCACUGAGAUGCUGCUGCUGGAGGAUAGGGAGACCAGGAAUAAUCUGUCGGGCUGGGAAGCAAGCCUAUACUACCGAGGACCACACGGCUACAUGAUAGACGGCCGGAUCACAUGGUAGGAUUUGCGCAUGCGCGAGGGAUUAGCCUCUGAUGGAGAGAAGAUGCCCACUGCCAUCGUCCCUGUGUAGCGCAGGAGAGCUACAAACCGGUCCUAUCGCCGCAGACACCCGUCGCCCUGUUGUCUUUCAGCACAGCUGCAUGUUAUAGUCUGACACAAGAAGCUCGAUGUCUGUGGCAAAUGCGAAACACACUGUCCUGAAUCCGGCAGCAUGUCAUCAGUUGUUGUCAGUGCAGUUAUCCAGUGCUUCAACGUCAGCUCUCCACCUCAGGUGAUCCCAUACACAGGGCCCAUACCUGGAGGCCUGCACCCUGGGGAGAUCAUCAUCAUCCAGGGCACUGUGCCCCCAGAUGCUGACAGGUUUCAGAUUGACCUGUCGAGCGGCUGCAGCACCAAGCCGCGCUCUGACGUCGCCCUCCAUUUCAGCCCUCGCUUCAAAGGCUCGCCCUGUGUGGUGUGUAACUCCCUGCUGCAGGAGAGCUGGGGCAAAGAGGAGACGCUCCACCAGCUGCCCUACAAACGCGGAGCGCCCUUCGAGACCAUCAUCCUGGUGCAUGAUGACGUCUUUAAGGUGGCUGUAAAUGGUACUCACCUGUUGGGAUACAAGCAUAGAAUCCCACUCAACAGGGUCGACACGUUUUCUAUUUCUGGGAAAGUCAGGGUGCACGCUAUUGGCUACAUCCCAAACUCAGCAAUAUAUUCAGAAUCAGGUGACUUGAGCCUCCCUUACAAAGGCAGCAUACUCAAAGGACUGAGCCCAGGGCAGCACAUCACAAUCAAGGGACAGGUCAGCAUGUAUCCUCACAGUUUCACAGUAAACCUCUGCAACAGCAGGACGGAGAACAUCGCUUUGCAUCUGAACCCCCGCAUGAAGUCAGGGGUGUUCAUCAGGAACUCGUACCUGAGUGAGUCCUGGGGUCAGGAGGAGCGGGAGCUGCCCUUCUUUCCCUUCUCGUCAGGGGAGUACUUUGAGAUUCUCAUCCUCUGUCAGCCCCAUCAGUUCAAGCUGGCAGUGAACGGCUCACACUUGUUUGAGUUCAGACAUCGGGUGCAGGACCUGAGCAGCAUCAACCAGCUGGAGAUCAUGGGAGACCUUGAGCUGACUGAUGUUAAACUGUGGUGACUCAGGACUCUAGACAUACACAGAAACCAGCGUUACAGACACUGUUGUGUUCUGGUUAUCAAUGCUAAAUUAGCUUAGCCACAAUGACCCAGAUGACUUUGGGUUUGAAUUUCAGGUCCAGUUAGUCCCACAGCAGCCACAGGUCAGUGAUCUUAAGCUAGUCUAGCAUUUUUGGUGGCCAAGGACCAUGAACAGGUCCUACCAUAGACUAAAUGAUCCAUCUUUCCAGCCCAGGCUAGAGGACUGAUGCAUGAGAGCUAGCUGUGCUGGAGCAUCAGGCUGUGAGCCCACCAUGACUGUUUACAGCUACAAGUUAGGUUUGCCUUGGUUAAUUUCUUAUACUGUCUCUAGUGCAUCACUGCUGUGAUACGCCGUUAGUGCGUUGUAUAAUUAAAACAGGAAAUAUAUGUACAUGUCAAUAAGCACUUAAUUACUGGCUUUGUUUAAAUGUCAUGACAGUCGGUAAAUACAAGCAAUGAAUGCAGCUGAAGGGCUCCAGUUUUUUGGAGCAAGGCCCAAUAAAGACUAAUUUAUUGUACAGCUAAUUUAAAUAUGUUCAAAACAUUCUUCAUAAUUACUACAUAAUUCGUAGCGGUUAUACUCUCUUCAUUUGGGGUGGCAAUGUUAAAAAAUUUUAGCAUAUGGUCAAUUAAUAUUUUCAUCUCCAGAUUUUUUAACAGAAAAUUUAACUACAUGCCCAGUUCUAUAUUAUUUCAGUCAACUUCAUAAUCCUCAGGAUUCUUUAACAUAAUGACAUCGCCCCGCAUACUUGACAUUUAAAUCAACUUAUCAUGUGAUGGUGCAGCAGAACUCAAGCACAGUGCAGUACAGGGUCAAUUUAAAACAUAACUAUUUAAAUAACCUAACAAAUACAGUUUUUUGCAAUCUUUAUGCAAGCUAUAGAGUAUACUAGAAUCCUGCAUAUGUGAUCUUCUCUUUUCUCACUGUUCCCCCACUCCUGCUCCAAAAUGAGAAGAAACAUCCCAGGUGAAAAAAAAAAUGUAAUCUGGGAUAUUUUAUUUCCAAUGUUACUGGGGGUCUUCCUUUUUUUGCAUUGUCCGUUGUAAUUGUUGUAAUAUAUGUAUGAAAAAUCUUCCCUAUGUAUCAUAAAUGAUUUAAUAAUAAAUAAAUGUGUUACUAUUAUAA